CAGAACAGGACUCACAACUCAGAAGACUUGCUUCACAGCAUCGUUACUGCAUUAGAAGAAACAGCACUAAGUUGGAGCCAUGUCUGACCAGGAGGACUGCCACCUAUGUAAGGAGUACCUCAGGGAUCCAGUGUCUAUCCCAUGUGGCCACAUCUUCUGCUCCAUCUGCCUGAAGACAUACUGGGACCAUGCUGACCACACAGGGUCCUACCUCUGCCCACAGUGCAGGGUCACGUACAACAAGAGGCCCACCCCGCGGCGCCUUGGAAGCUCCCGAUACUCCUCACACCAACGCACCUCUGAAUCCUUCCCACCACCUCCACCAUCCCCGGACUACAACUUUGCAGGACCCCAGGAUGUAGGCUGUGACAUCUGCAUUGGCAAGAAGCACAAGGCCAUCAAAACCUGCCUGAUGUGCCUGGCCUCUUAUUGUGAGAAGCACCUGAAGCCCCACUUCGAAUCAGCCACCUUCAAAAGGCACAAGCUGGUGGAUGAAAUUGGCCACCUGGACAGGCAGAUCUGCCCGCAGCAUCAGAAGGGUCUGGAGCUGUUCUGUCGGACGGACCAGAUGUGUAUCUGUGUGCUAUGCACGGUGAAAGAGCACAAAGGUCACGAUAUGGUGUCUGCUGAGCAGGAGAGGGCCGAAGAGCAGCAAAGGCUGGGCGCCACCCAGGCUGAGAUCCAGGAGAAGAUCCACGAUCGGCUCAAGCAGAUGGAGGAGCUGAAACAAGCUGUGGACUCACUCAAGAACUCAGCCCAGAGAGCCAUGCAGGAGUGUGAGAAGCUCUUCGGGGACAUGAUGCGCUCCAUUGAGAGGAUGCAGCAGGAAAUGGCCAAGCUGAUCACCUCCAAUAAGAGAGCUGCACUCAACAACGCCGAGGGCCACAUGGAGCGGCUCGGCCAUGAGAUUUCUGACCUGAAGAGGAGAGACAAUGAGAUCACCCAGCUGUUCCGGACCGAAGACCACAUCCACUUCAUCCAGACCUACCACAUGCUAAUAGCCCAGACGGAGGCUGAGGAGCUGCCCACAGUGAGCGUCAACCCCUACUUCUCCUUCGGCACGGUCACUAAGGCCGUCUCAGACAUGAAGCAGCACCUCAGUGAAUUCGGCAAUGAUGAGCUGGUCAAAGUGGCCAAGUCAAUCAACAAAAUGACUUUCUGUCAGCUGGAGGAGGCCAAGAAGAGACGGACAAUGAAGGCUGAUGAAGUUGCCAUGUACAGAUCUGUACCAACUCAUGAGCCUCAGACCAGGGACGAGUUCCUUAAAUAUGCUUGUCAGCUCACUCUGGACCCAAACACAGCCUACAGACAGCUCUACUUGUCUAGGGGGAACAGGAAAGCUGCCCUCAAGAGAGAACCCCAGAACUAUGGUGACAGCUCCGCCCGGUUCGAUUGCCUGCCCCAAGUCCUGUGUAAGGAGCCCCUUUCCGGAGGCGCCUACUACUGGGAGGUGGAGUGGAGCGGCGAGGGGGCCGCCAUCGGAGUCACCUACCAGGGCAUCAAGAGAACGGGCUAUGGUGACAGCUGCCGCAUUGGCUACAACCGCAAGUCUUGGAGCGUCUUCUGUUCCGACUCCAGCUACUCGGCCCGCCACAGCAAGGACCAGGUGGACAUCAACGCACCCUACUCGGCCCGUAUCGGCGUGUUCCUAGACCACGACGGAGGAACCCUGUCUUUCUACGCUGUAGGGGACACCAUGACUCUGAUCCACCGCUUCAAGGCCUCCUUCAGCGAGGCUGUCUAUGCAGGCUUCUGGGUUUGGUAUGAGUCAGCCAUCACCAUCAGCCAGCUGCGAUAACUUGCCUCCAGUGAUCAAUGUGUAAAAGUAAUGCAGUUUAUUAGCAGAUUUACAGAACAAAAGAGAUGAUAUGGCGACAAAGUAUUUUUCUAACAUUGGAUGUGCAUUUUUAAUAAACUAUAUGUUGAAUAUCUGGUGCAUAUGGGAAAUGUUUUUGUUAAUUGUGAAUGUUAACAAUAUAUCAAAUCAUGAUGUGACCUAUGAAAUCUGACAUAUAAAGUAAAUAAUUAUAUUGAAAUAACCACAGCUGUAUUUGAUUUUCAAAAUAUUGUAUAUGAUCAUCUAGAUAGCCAACGAUAA